AUGCCAGACGAGCCGCGGCGCAUCAUCAUCGAAAAAUCCAGCACGGUCCGACGCCGGUACCAGCGUAGCAACAAGCGAUUCAAAUUCACCGCCUCGCAGUUACGACGGAUUGAACGCGAGGAAGAGCUCGAGCGUCGGGCGAAAGCUAUCAAAGAAAAGGAGGAGAAGAGACGAGCCAACAAGAAGAAAAAGGCUGAGAAGGAGGCGAAGGACCGUGAGGAGCGAAAGAGGCUCGGAUUGCCGGAUCCCAAUGCGCCCAAGAUCCCCGCCAGUCAACAGUUGCUCUCCGUGUUUAUGGGUGCGAAGCACAAGCAACCAGUCGAAGAGCAGCCUGUCGAUACAACCAUCGAUCCUACAACUACGGAUAAUGAUGAAGGAGGGGAUACGGAAGUGGAUAGUGCGGGGGGAGACACCGAGGCAGACUCGGAUAUAUUUGACGACUUGGACGAGGAGAUAAUCGAGCAAGAGUUUUCACGUCUUCAAGACAGAGGCAUCCCAGAGGACUCUGAGAUCCCUGAUGCCCCUGAUUUCCCCGAGAAUCCCGGUGUUGGCAACGAUAUCAGCGCGGAGUCACUAUGCUCUCUGAAAGAUGACAACGACGAUGACGAGUUCUCUGAUUGUUCAGUAUUUGACGACGCCGAAAUUCUGAAAGAAGCAGAUGCUAUUGCAGCGUCGCGACCAUCUCAACCACAUAACCCAAUUCCUCUUCCUACCCCAUCUCACGCUCCUCUAGCAUCUACAAUGGGCCCACCGCCAUCGAGUGGGCACCCCAAAUCCAUGACCACUUCGAUACCCUCACUUGGAGACUCUUUUCGCGACGAAACGGCCGACUAUCUUGAAGACGUCUUUUCGCGCGGUUGUGGCGACUCAUUUGGCGAGUUAGUCCAGCUGGGCUCGGGCACACGAAUAGACUGA